AUUCUGAAGGACACAGUCUAUCGAAAACUGUGAAUAUGUAAACAAACAUUAGGGAAUCUUGAAUAACAGCAUUAUGUAUCAAAUAAAUGUAAUUGACAAUGUUGGGGACACUAUUUCUGUUUUGGAGUAGCAAUUACAUGUACGUGCACACGUUUGGUGGUCUGGAGUAUAAUCUGAUGUAAAUUAAUAAAACAUGUGCUGGGAUUUUCUUAAAAUGAGUGACACGCAGUCUGCUCGGAAUGUAAGAAAGAAGAAGUAUCAGGAAGAACAAAAGCAGGGAGGAAUUUUCCGGAACUUAUUGGACUCUUUACGAUUUCGCGGGAAGAAGAUGGGCGCUGUGUUAGGAUUGGUCGACACAAAACUGACUCCCUUCCAGAAAAAGAAACUUCUCCACGAAUUUACGGUGUUCUUUGAUUUGAAUAAGGAUGGGAAGCUUGAAUGGAAGGAUUUUGAUAUGGCUAGAGAGAAAAUUUGUGAAAUGAGCGGUUGGAAGCCGGGGACAGACAAGUUCAUCCAAACACACGAGCUGUUCGUAACAAUAUGGCGGAAGUUACAGGACGAAGGUGACGAGAACAACGAUGGACUCAUCACAGCGGAGGAGUGGCUUCGAAUGUGGCAAAAAUUCAACGAGCAAUGCCUGAAGCAGGCCAGCAAGGCCGACGAGGUCUCCUACGAACGGAAACUUCCGGACUGGCUAGAGAAGUACAUCCGGUACAAGUUUGACCUUUUUGACCGCACGGGGGACGGGUAUCUGGACUGUGAUGAGUUUGAGUAUGUACUUGGAGAUUUCGGAGUUCCCGCCAGAGAUGCACGCUCCGCCUUCCUGAUGAUAUCACAGAAUAAUGAGAAGAAAGUGGACUUUGAAUACUAUAAAGACCUAUGUACUGACUACUUCCGGUCAAAUGACCCUAGUGCACUUGGGAAUUUUAUAACGGGCAAACUAGUGUUCAGCGAUACAUGAUUCUCAUGAUUCUGGAACCGAAAUCCUGAUGAAAUGUACUCCAAGAACACUUACUUGGGUGAUGAUGCGAGGAAAAUGAUUAUGAUGACGUCAUAUUGACAGUCAUGUGAUUCUGAAAGUUCGGAUGAAUUUACAACAUAGACUUAAUACACGAUGUGAACCAAUUUCACGUGUUGAAAUCUACAGGAUAAUGUUUCGUUUUAUGUGGUUAGGGGAGAUUGAUUUUGGACAAAUGUUAUUUUCUUAAAGAAAAAAAUUCAUGCUGAAAUGCUAUAGUUAAUGCACGAUAUUAUUGCUUGUAAAGCCUGCUUAUCUUAACACAAUGUUCAUACCAUGUAUGCAGUUUGUGAAGCUGCUUUGUUUUAUUUUACUUGGGAUGGUGAGUAUCUGCCCCUAUGAAGUAUAGAAAUAAUAAAGCUCUCCCUACUAUUGACUUUUUGUUGUUAGAAAUGGUUUUCUUGAGAACGUCGUGGUACUCAAGAAACACUGCUAUAAGUGAUAAAUUUGGUCUAGACAUCAUAGUACUAUUCACAAUACAGCUUUUAUCUUUUUAAGUUCAAUGAACAUACAUAUCUCCUUUGAACUGAAUUAAAGGAGCUGAUCGCUAAUAAAACGCAUUGCUAAAAAUGACUGAUCAACAAUUCAAAUUAAUGUUGUUAAAAUGUGUAAAUUAUAUAGAUAAUGUGUAAAUUUAUAUUUUUAAUACAACAUUAUCAAAUAAUUUGAGUUUUGAGCAUUUGAGAUAGUUGUUUUUUUUGCUCU